CAACAAGAAAGAUUGCUCCUCCCUGCUUGUCGAACGGAGGUUGGAGCUUUUAAAGUUCCAUUAGUAAACGAUUUGCCACCGAUUAACAUCGCGUUAAUCCAACAAUUUCGGUGCUUUUGCCGCGUGCGAUUUACAUCUCCCAGUAUUACAUUAGUGAUAAUUCGUAGUCAUGGAAGUCCAAAUGAACGAUACGGCGAUCAGUUUGAAAACCGAUAAACCGCCGCCCUUAAAGUUUGGUAUCGAUCGAUUAUUAGGCUCGGAUCAAGACAGUGCACCAAAAAGUAUUUCGUCAAAUUUACACCACCUACCGAAACCUUUACCAACAGUGGCGGUACCGUGUUCCGAUUGUGUAACGUCGUUGUUCAGGUGUUGUAGAUUAAGCCCAAAUGGUGGUUCCGUAUUAAAUCAUUCCGACGUGUUCGCUCGUCAAAAUUUUGGUACAAAUUCCUCAAAUAUUUAUACGGUACAACCGAUUCGACCGUUUGCGACCCGGCCAGCAAUAAGGAUACCCCCACUACCUCAAUCCACAACAGCCACAACGAACGUUAAUUCGACAACCUGCACAGCGCCCAUCGGAAAACGGAAGAGAUCAUGGUCGAGAGCGGUGUUUAGUAACUUGCAAAGGAAAGGUUUAGAAAGACGGUUUCAACUGCAAAAGUACAUCACAAAACCGGAUCGUCGUCAGUUAGCCGCGACGCUUGGACUGACGGAUGCCCAGGUUAAGGUGUGGUUUCAAAACAGGCGAAUGAAAUGGAGACACUCGAAGGAAGCAAAUAAGACGGGCGAAAAUGCGGCAGACUCGCCACAGGAACAUGAUGUCCAUAUUGAUGUGGAUUCAAUAACAGAUGUUGACUGAUUCAAUGUGCUAUUUUUAAAUUGUGUACCUAUAUAUAGUAGAA